AUGGCUGAGGGCUUCUGCACGCUUCAAGAAAGCUUCGAGAGGUUCGCCAGACUUGCGGCCGAAAGCCAGGAUCUCUCGCAUGACCGUCGCGCUCAGGGUGGAAGAGGUUUCUGGGAAGCGCUUCAGAAUAGCCUUCUGAAUGGCAUCAUAAUCAUCUUUGUUGCCUUUGAAUUCGUUAUCCCACCAAGCACUCAUGACAACCUGCGGAUCAACACAGGCGCCGACAACACCUCCCACUCACUGAAGACCGAACUCAACCGCCUUAAACGCCUCAUCGACGACGUGGAUAGAAAGACAAAGGCACGACUGGAAGGACACAGGGCCCAUAUGGGCUCAUUCGCGGAUUACAUGGAAACACGAACGGCAUCAGUCGCGCAAUACCUGGCCGGAAUUUGCAGGAAGCCCGACGAUGAACGGCCGAGGAAGAGACGCAGGGAGGAUACGGAGACAGACCCGGAAGCUGAGGAGGAACGCCUGGAGAAUGUGGAAAACCUGAUCGACCCUCCCUUGAUAACCCGCUCAACGCACUUCCUCUGCGUAUGCAUGGUUGCCGACUCACGUCUCCUCAUUGGGAGUCCGACACAAGUUUCCAGAGUUACCUCUAGGUAG